GAUGCCGGAGCGAGAGCGUCCUGACGCUUUGCUCUCCGGCUUUGCACUCGGUUCUGGGACAGGUGCCCCGCGGCUUUCCUCCUGCUCUACCGCAGGACAGUCUGGGCCCUUACUAGCCCCUGUUACAGGCUCAGCCCGGAGUGAUAGGAAGGGCCACACCCCCGGCCCACGCUAGGGCAGCGCACUUCGGCCUCCCCUGAAAUCCUCCGCCCAGGGUGUCCCCGGGUGUCUGUGGCCACCUGUUGGGUCCGUUCUCAGAAGCCACUGAACCGUCUACUGACCGUGGAUGAGAACAGAGCAAGUGGACGUCCUGCCUGCCCCCCCACUCCCCCUGCAGGCACGCACCUCCCGCAACACCCUGCUCCGGGCCAUGUGCCCACGUGGCUUCCCGUCUCCCUCACCCCUGCAGAGUCUCAGCAGAGGAGUGGGUGCCGCAUACUCUCUGAGUCCCAGACACAGCAUGUUUGCCAAAAAGAAAAAAGAAAAAACGAUAAGAUGACCGCUUCCGGACAGUGCGAGAUUCUGCCGACAGCUCAUGUCACGGUCCUAGCGUUCUCUGUGACGUUCCUUCCGCAAACGCCCAUCCGCCUCCUGCUUCCACCAGACUCACUGCUCUCCGCGGCGGGCGUCUCAGGAAGGCCCGGGGUGCGGCGGAUCUCCCGUCCCCUCGGCGGCCGCCCAACACCAGUGUCCCACCUGGGCCCGUCUGCGGAGGCGUCGCCGGGGAGCGUGCCGACCGGGCAGGGGGCCGACAUGUCCAACCCCUUCCUGAAGCAAGUGUUCAACAAGGACAAGACCUUCCGUCCCAAGCGCAAGUUCGAGCCGGGCACCCAGCGCUUUGAGCUGCACAAGAAGGCACAAGCGUCGCUGAACGCGGGGCUGGACCUGAAGCUGGCCGUGCAGCUGCCCCCCGGCGAGGAGCUCAGUGACUGGGUCGCUGUGCACGUGGUGGACUUCUUCAACCGCAUCAACCUCAUCUACGGCACCAUCGGCGAGGGGUGCACGGAGCAGUCAUGCCCGGUCAUGUCCGGCGGCCCCAAGUACGAGUACCGCUGGCAGGACGAGCACCAGUUCCGCAAGCCCACGGCUCUGUCGGCCCCCCGCUACAUGGACCUGCUCAUGGACUGGGUCGAGGUGCAGAUCAACGACGAGGGGCUCUUCCCCACCCACGUCGGCACGCCGUUCCCCAAGAACUUCCUGCAGGUGGUGAAGAAGAUCCUGUCGCGGCUGUUCCGCGUGUUCGUGCACGUCUACAUCCACCACUUCGACCGCAUCGCGCAGCUGGGCUCCGAGGCGCACGUCAACACGUGCUACAAGCACUUCUACUACUUCGUGCGGGAGUUCGGCCUCAUCGACACCAAGGAGCUGGAGCCGCUGGCAUUGAACUUGAACUCCGUGGCUCUGCGUGUCGAGCACCGGCGAAAACCCACUGGUGAACCCCUAGCACUUGCCCUCGUGGCCCUGUGUCCGCUUUGCGACUCGCACAACGGGAACCCCACCCCUGCUCCCCAGCCGGACCCCUUCAUGGAUCGUGAAUGAUGAGAUUUUUCUCCCUGUUAGAGAGACGGCCCCUCUCUCUUACGAAUAACGUGGGAUGGAUCUUCCGUGUCCCGGGCUGGAACCUGUUGAAUUUCGCCAAACGUGUAGCUGGGGUGAGCCCUUCUGCAGCGCGUGCCGGCUCUGUGUGGAAACCCUGCGUUUGCGUGGCCCCGCGCAGCCCUGGGACCCGAAUCCCUGCUCUGGCUGCUGUGGACAUUGGGGGCCCUGUCUGGGCCACGCCGAAGGGACCGCAGGAGCGCCAUCCUGUCUGUGCCUCCAACACCCGACCCCGUGCGGCAGCCUCAGUGGCCUUUUCCGUGGCAGCCCUCCCAGCGUGGGCCGCACCGACUCCGAGUACCUCUGGGCGUUGGGGGCGCUCGCAGGAGCAAGGCCGUCCCCCAGCGUCAGCAAGUGCAAUUAACGCAGCCUUGGCCCGGGGUCUGGCUCCAGGAGGCCCUUGCCCUGGAAUGGAGCUCCCUCUGGACGCUGGACCUUGGCCCACACCGAAACCACUGUGUCCCCCAGGGCUGCGGGCUGUCCCCGCACCAGCCACAGUACACUGUGCCACCUUCAUACCUCA